AUGGUGAAGGAGCUCUCGGAGAAACUGUCUGGAAACGAGGGGGACAUAGGCACUACUCUGGGUUUCCGCGCCUUGCUUUGGGUUCCGGAGACUGUUAGAGCUGCGGUCCCCAUCCCUGUACCUCCUUGGGAUGGUGCUGGGGAUCCCUGCCUAAGUCCAAAGCUCUUGAACGGGUCUGUUGGAGCCAUUGGCCACCUGGAAUCAUCAGCCAUGAAUCUGUGUUGGAAUGAAAUAAAAAAGAAGUCCCACAACCUCCGCGCUCGCCUAGAGGCCUUCUCAGACCACAGUGGGAAGCUUCAGCUCCCACUCCAGGAGAUUAUUGACUGGCUGAGUCAAAAGGAUGAGGAGCUGUCGACUCAGCUGCCCCUACAAGGGGAUGUGACCCUGGUACAACAGGAGAAGGAGACACACGCGAGGGACAUUGGCAAUACUGGAUCAGCCAGCAACUACAAAGCUAUCUCAAAGCUGAAGAAGUUAGAUAACUCCCCCAGACAGCGAAUUCAGAAUCUUAGCCGCUUUGUGUGGAAGCAGGCAACAGUGGCUAGUGAGUUGUGGGAGAAGCUGACAGCCCGCUGUGUGGACCAGCAUCGCCACAUUGAGCAUACUCUGGAACAUCUGUUGGAGAUUCAAAGCACAAUGGAGGAACUGAGCAGUACUCUGACCCAAGCAGAGGGAGUCCGAGCCACUUGGGAGCCCAUUGGGGAUCUCUUCAUUGAUUCCCUCCCAGACCAUAUCCAAGCCAUCAAGCUAUUCAAAGAAGAAUUCUCUCCUGUGAAAGAUGGAGUGAAGUUAGUGAAUGACUUGGCCCACCAGCUUGCCAUUUCUGAUGUGCACCUGUCAAUGGAGAACUCGAGGGCUCUGGAACAGAUCAACAUGGGGUGGAAACAGCUCCAGGCGUCAGUUGCUGAGAGGCUUAAGCAGCUCCAGGAUGCCCACCGGGACUUUGGGCCUGGGUCACAGCACUUCCUCUCGACUUCUGUCCAGGUUCCCUGGGAAAGAGCAAUUUCUCCCAAUAAAGUCCCCUACUACAUCAACCACCAGGCUCAGACCACGUGGGACCAUCCCAAGAUGACUGAGUUAUACCAAACUCUAGCUGUUCUGAACAACAUUAAGUUCUCAGCUUAUCGGACGGCCAUGAAGCUCCGCAGAGUCCAGAAGGCCCUGCGCCUGGAUCUGGUAACUUUGACUACAGCUCUGGAGGUCUUCAAUGAGCACGAUCUGCAGGCCAGUGAACAUGUGAUGGACGUGGUGGAGGUCAUCCACUGCCUGACUGCCUUGUAUGAGCGACUGGAGGAGGAAAGAGGCAUCCUAGUCAAUGUGCCACUGUGUGUGGACAUGAGCCUGAACUGGCUUCUCAAUGUUUUUGAUAGUGGUCGCAGUGGGAAGAUGAGAGCAUUGUCCUUUAAGACUGGCAUCGCGUGCCUGUGUGGCACCGAAGUGAAAGAAAAACUUCAGUACCUCUUCAGCCAAGUGGCCAAUUCAGGCAGCCAGUGUGACCAACGCCAUCUUGGUGCCCUGCUUCAUGAAGCCAUUCAAGUGCCCCGUCAGCUGGGCGAAGUGGCAGCGUUUGGGGGCAGCAACGUGGAGCCCAGUGUCCAUAGUUGCUUCCGUUUUAGCACUGGCAAGCCAGUCAUUGAAGCUUCCGAGUUCCUAGAGUGGGUCAACUUGGAGCCGCAGUCUAUGGUGUGGCUGGCCGUUCUGCAUCGGGUCACCAUCGCUGAGCAAGUAAAGCAUCAGACCAAGUGCUCUAUCUGUAGGCAGUGCCCCAUCAAGGGGUUCAGGUACCGGAGUCUGAAACAGUUUAACGUAGAUAUCUGUCAGACCUGCUUCUUGACAGGCAGGGCCAGCAAAGGCAAUAAGAUCCACUAUCCCAUCAUGGAGUAUUACAUGCCAACCACAUCCAGUGAAAACAUGAGGGACUUCGCCACUACCUUAAAGAAUAAAUUCCGCUCAAAGCAGUAUUUCAGCAAACACCCGCAGCGAGGCUAUCUGCCUGUGCAGUCAGUGCUGGAGACUGAGUGCAGUGAGACACCGGCUUCUUCCUCGAUGUUGCCACAUGCGGACACACACUCUCGAAUUGAGCAUUUCGCCAGCAGGCUUGCUGAGAUGGAAAGUCAAAAUUGUUCCUUUUUUAAUGACAGCCUGUCCCCGGAUGACAGCAUAGAUGAGGACCAGUACCUGUUGCGACACUCCAGCCCCAUCACAGACAGGGAGCCAGCCUUUGGACAGCAGGCUCCGUGUGGCAUGGGGACAGAAAGCAAAGGAGAGCUAGAGAAGAUCCUGGCCCAUUUAGAAGAUGAGAACCGGAUUCUCCAGGGAGAGCUGAGGCGCCUGAAGUGGCAACACGAAGAAGCAGCGGAGGCACCCACCCUGACUGAGGGCCCCAGUGAAGCAACUCCGGACCACCGCAAUGAGGAGCUCCUGGCUGAAGCCAGGAUCCUGCGGCAGCACAAGAGCCGCCUGGAGACACGCAUGCAGAUCCUUGAAGACCACAACAAGCAGCUGGAGUCUCAGCUGCAGCGCCUGAGGGAGCUGCUCUUGCAGCCACCUACUGAAUCAGAUGGCAAUGGCUCUGCAGGCUCAUCCCUGGCUUCCUCGCCACACCAGUCAGAAGGCAGUCAUCCCCGGGAGAAGGGCCAGACUACCCCAGACACUGAGGCAGCAGAUGACGUGGGGUCAAAGAGCCAGGAUGUCAGCCUAUGCUUAGAAGACAUCAUGGAAAAACUCCGUCAUGCCUUCCCCAGAGUGCGAAGCUCCGAUGUGACUGCCAAUACCUUGAUGGCCUCUUGA